AACAUUCGCGCUCUGUUUACAACCAUGCGUAUGAAUAACUCAAAGAUACUCAAAUCGGAAUUGUGUUAUUCUUUAGUUUGAAACUAAUAAGUGAGGUUAUUUUCUGUGUUGUUAUAACAAAAGUUUUAUCCAUUCCACUGGUUAUUAUUUUUAUGCUCUGAUUUACGGAAUUAUUUCCGAGGACAUUUAAAUUGACGCUAAAGUAUAGACAUUUCUAGGUGACAAUGGUACCUUUGGGACCAUCUCCAGUUCAUCAAUCAUUAAAUAGCACAACUUCAACGCCAGCAUCUGGGACUAAAGGAAAUUCUUCCGUGAAACCAAAUUAUACGUUAAAAUACACACUCGCUGGACAUACGAAAGCUAUAUCUUCGGUCAAAUUUAGCCCUAAUGGAGAAUGGCUUGCAAGUUCAUCUGCCGACAAGCUCAUAAAGAUAUGGGGAUCUUAUGAUGGAAAAUUCGAAAAAACUAUUCAAGGACAUAAAUUAGGAAUUUCCGAUGUAGCAUGGUCAAGUGACAGUAGGCUAUUAGUUUCUGCUUCUGAUGAUAAAACUCUCAAAAUAUGGGAGCUUAGCUCGGCUAAAUGUUUGAAAACUUUAAAAGGCCACAGUAAUUACGUAUUCUGUUGUAAUUUUAAUCCUCAGUCUAAUCUCAUCGUUUCUGGUUCGUUUGAUGAAAGUGUCAGAAUUUGGGACGUUAGAACAGGAAAAUGUUUGAAAACGUUACCAGCGCACUCUGACCCCGUAAGUGCAGUUCAUUUCAACAGAGAUGGAUCCUUAAUUGUUUCUAGCAGUUAUGAUGGAUUAUGUCGCAUAUGGGAUACUGCGUCUGGACAAUGUUUAAAAACUCUAAUUGAUGAUGACAACCCACCAGUAUCAUUUGUUAAAUUUUCUCCAAAUGGUAAAUAUAUUUUGGCUGCAACUCUUGAUAACACGCUUAAGUUGUGGGACUACAGUAAAGGGAAAUGCUUGAAAACUUAUACCAGUCAUCGUAAUGAAAAAUACUGCAUAUUCGCAAAUUUUUCUGUCACAGGGGGAAAGUGGAUCGUUUCUGGUUCAGAAGAUCAUAUGGUAUAUAUUUGGAAUUUACAGACUAAGGAAGUUGUUCAAAAACUUCAGGGACAUACAGACGUAGUACUAUGUACAACAUGCCACCCAACGGAUAAUAUUAUUGCUUCAGCUGCUUUGGAAAAUGAUAGAACUAUAAAGUUAUGGAAAAGUGAUACAUAGACUAUUUAAUUUAAGUAAAAUAUUUUGUGUAUAAAUUUAUAUUACUUUAUCCUGUAAAUCAUAUUGCUACUGAAAGUGUAUUUUAUAAAAACAUUAUUUUUCUUUUCUACAUUUUUGUAAUCUCGAACAUCUCAAUAAUGGAUUUUAAGUCGCAAUCAGUAGUUAUUUCAAUGAUUUUAAAUAAAAACGGACUGACUUCACAAUCAAUAAGGAAGAACGUUGAUUUAAAUAUGGGCAAGCACCAUAUUAAUAUCUAGAUAACUAUAUUUUGCACGCUUCGAACGCGAAGCAGAGAGUGGUUGCUAUAUUGUUGACAAAAUAAAAUCGCAAUUCACUCAGCUUAAAUCAUUUCCAUUAAUUUUAUAUUAAACUUAUAAAAUAAAAAUGGCCAUUCGGCAACCGAAAUAGAAGUAGAUUUCUCAUUAUUUAUUCAUUAAUUUUCAAGUUUCCCGAUAAAAAUAAUUUUAAAAUAGUAUAUU